GGUCUGGCAGGUGCUUGGAGGGAGUUGUCCCUAGAAAGCGACACCCGCCCUGGUCUUGCUGGGUUCCUCCGCCGGCCGCUGUCCAGGAGGCUGCUUCGGCAGGCACCGCAAUGGAGGAAAUCCGGAGCCGCACCGUGAAAGGCCUGGCUGAUCUGAGGGGCUUUUUCAACCUGACUCCGAAGGAAGACGGCGGCUCGAGGGCGGCAGCCGCAGCAGAAGCGGCCAACGCGGAGACGUUGCUUCCAGAUGAGAAAGAAUUUCAGUAUGCUGCUAAAACGAAUAAUCUGGACACUAUGGAAAGGUUAUUUAGGAAAAAAGUUAAUAUUAAUGCUGUAAAUGUUCUGAAGCGCACAGCCCUCCAUUUUGCUGUUGCAGGAAAUCAUCUAUCUGCAGUUGACUUCCUACUCCAUCACAAAGCUAGAGUUGAUAUUGCAGAUAAGCAUGGCCUUACUGCGAUUCAUCUUGCCGCAUGGUCUGGUAAUUUGGACAUAAUGCUGAUGUUAAUUAAAGCAGGAGCCGAUCAAAAAGCAACAAACCAGGAAGGGAUGAAUGUCCUACACUUUGCUGCCAAGAACAAUAGUGUUAGAAUAGUGAAUUAUUUUAUCCAAGAUCUUCACCUGAUGGAACUCAGUAAACCUGAUGAGAAAGGUAGAAAGCCAUUCCUUCUGGCAGCUGAAAUGGGCCAUGAAGAAAUGAUAAAUGAGUUGAUUACCCUUAAUUUAUUCACCUCAGGAAAAGAUAAGGAAGGAAACACUGCCUUGCAUCUAGCAGCUAAACAUGGCCACAGUGAUGUGGUAGAGAUUCUUCUUCAGCAGUGGGAAGAUAUAAAUGAAUUCAAUCAGAAUGGUGAAACACCAUUUUAUAUGGCUGUUGAAGGAGGCCAUGAAAAAUGUGCUGACCUCUUACUGGAAGCAGGAAGUGACAUCAAUAUUUCAAACAAAGACAAUGCCAGCGCAUUGUAUGUUGCAACCCAAAAUGGACACACACCUUUGGUCAGAUUUCUUAUCAGUAAUAAUAUUGAUCUGGAUGCUCAGUCUCAGCAAAAUAAUUCUCCUCUACAUUUGGCCAUCAUAAAAAACAACUUAUCAGUGAUAAAUAGUUUAAUAAAUGCAAACCGUAACAUAAAUUCCCUAAAUAAGAGACAUCAAACGCCUUUACAUCUGGCAGCAGACCUUGGAAACGUGGAUGUAAUAGAAAUGCUGCUAAAGGCAGGCUGUGACUUCAGCAUUUUAGAUAAGGUAUUCAUAAUUCUAUUAAAACGCAAUUCUCCUACAUGUCUUG